AUGACAGAUCAAAGUAUUGAUGAAUUGGGACCAUCAGAAUUAGGUACUCUUGAUUAUUGGGAAAAAGUUUACACAGACGAACUUGAUAAUUUCAAAGAUCACGGAGACGUAGGUGAGAUAUGGUUCGGAAGAAAUAGUUUACAAAAAAUUAUACGUUGGAUAACUACAAAACUGAAGCUUGAUAAAGAGAAUGAUAAAAUAGUAGACAUUGGAUGUGGAAAUGGAAUGGCAUUAGUAGAACUUGCAAACAAAGGUUUUACAAAACUAGUGGGUGUUGAUUAUUCACAAAAAGCAAUUGCCUUAGCUCAUGAAAUAUUGAAAGAAAAUAAUAUAUCACAUAUUAACUUAAAAGUCUGCGAUAUUUUGAAUUUAGAAACACAUGAAUUAUUAAGAGAUUUUAAAUUAGUACAUGAUAAAGGGACUUAUGAUGCAAUCAGCUUGCAUCCACAAGAUCCUGCAACAAAACGAAAGAAGUACAUAGAAAAUGUUAAUAAAAUUCUUGUACCUGGUGGUUAUUUAAUUUUAACAUCCUGUAACUGGACCAAAGAGGAAUUGGAGAGUCAUUUUCAAAGUAGUUUUAACAUUUUAGAUGUGCUUCCAUUUAAUACGUUCCAGUUUGGUGGACAAACAGGAAACACUAUAAUACAAUUAGUCUUUCAAAAGAAAUGA